CGAAACAUGUUUCGAUGAUUCACAUUAAAAUGUUUUCUACCUUAUUUUUUCUAGUUUUACACUUGCAUUCUAUUAAAAACUUACAAUAAUCAUGUUCGGUGCGCUUUUCGAGUGUAAUCAAAGUGUUCACAUGGGAAAUUAGUCAAAAAUUUCGAUCGGGUGCGGUAUCAUAACCUUUUUUCGGUCAUUGUAUUGUGUGUUUCUCAUGUAUAUCUUGAUAUAAAGUGAACAAUGUGUCGAGCCGGGUCUCGGGAAGGGCGCGGAGGUUGAUCACCGAGAGCUUCCGGAUCAACUCGGGCAACAGCGGCACCAAAAGGAAGCAAGAAGAAGCGUCCUCCCACAACUACAAAAUUAAAAUGAACCCACACUCCUUGAACUUCAACCAGACACCCUCACCGAUAGCCACACCGUCCAAGCGCAGAAUCCUCGGGGAAAUACAGAACGUUAACGUCUCACCGUUACUCAGGAAACUCUCACCCUCGAUUGAAAGGCUGAAGAAUUCACCGUCAAUAGACAGAAAUUCACUGUCUCCGUUGACGAGCAGAAGUUUUAAAAGGAGCACGAGUAAGAUUACAAAGAUAUUCGAGGAACGGUCAAAAUUCAAGAUGUCUAAUAAGGAGAAUGAGUUGUCGUUCAGUGAGACGUUCGUCAAACUUGAUGUGGAGGAGGAGACCAGAGAUUGUUCAUUCGGUGAGACCUUCCAGUCGACUAAAACGAGCAACUGGUCCACAACAAAGUUGGAUUUCACCGACACCCUCCCCACCAAAUCCUACGACUUAGAGAAGAAAGAGGACAUUUACGUCCCUGAAAAAGACACAGAAAUGGAUCCAGACUUCGAAACGCUACACGACCUCGAAGAAGAAUUCGAAAACGACAAUUUUGACGAAUGUACUAAGUACGAAAUAAUUUCCACGGACAGCCCAAAUAUUAUAUCAAGGGGUCGAACUUCUGCGUAUAGAAAAGUCGACACUAGAAACUUCGUAUUUGGUGCUCCGAUCGCAGAAAGCGAGCAGUCCACCUCUUUUAACCGACCAAACGCAAACGCAACUAGAAUGCUUAAUUUCGAAGACGAAAACUUCGAGUUUACCUCACCAGCUGCCAAAAGACCAGCGACCAGUAAUUUGUCAGUGAAAAAGUCUCUAAAAUUCACCGAAACACCAACUAAAAAUCCUCUAAGACACGAAAGGAGCGAUUCCAGCAUCGGAUCCAUGAGUUCGUUCUCGUCUCCUGCGUCCAGCAAACUCAGGUUAUUCACGUCUGAAUCCACCACAUCUAUGGAAAGUGGAUUCAUAUCAGAACUAGAAGAACCGUUCUUGGAUAUUGAAGAGGCAUCGAACUCACCAAAAAUGGCCAACUUCAACGACUUACUCUCUGGGCAGAUAAAGGACAGUAUUAUACCUGGAGGAUUUUUGAAACGGCCAGCGUUGCACAGGAGUUUGAGUUUUAACCCGGAGAGCAGUAAAGCAAAAGUGUCUCUGUUGUCCAUUUUAGAGAAUCCUCAAGAGAAGAAGUCUCAGAAAAGGACAGAAAGGUCUGAGGAAGAGGAUGUGGUGAAUAAGAGAAGGAAAUCUAACGUUUUGACUCCGGACGUUGAACGAGUUCAGAGGCCAGUACUUCAGAGGGCUUUCUCGGAGAAUAAUGCUUCUAUCAUGUCUGCUUUGGCUAGAUCGGCGACCGAACCGGACCUAAUAGGCGACUUCAGCCGUCCCUUCGCAUUACCACUGGCCGAAGGUGAACACGCGGACCUCAGAAGCAUAGCGCCGGAAACCCUUGCCCAACUGUUAAGAGGAGAAUUUGACCACGUUGUGUCUGAUUAUCAGGUCAUAGACUGCCGCUACCCGUACGAGUUUGAAGGCGGUCACAUUGCCGGAGCACGCAACUUAUACACGCACGCGCAAGUCCAAGACUUGGCUCAGAGCGCUCCUCGGGCUCCCAGCAGUGUGUUGGUGUUUCACUGCGAGUUCUCGAGAGAAAGAGGGCCUAAUCUAUCCCGCUACCUACGAUCCUUCGACCGCGCAAAGAACAAGGAAAACUACCCUCAUCUCAACUACCCCGAAGUCUACCUUCUCCACGAAGGCUACCGCGCCUUCUACCAGAAGUAUCCGGAACUGUGCUCGCCGGCCGGAUACACCGCCAUGUUGGAUCCUCGCCACAAACAUCUGCUGAGGAAACACAGGUCUAUGAGUAACACCACGUCAUCCACUAACAAUAGGAGGCAACGGCUUUUGCUGUAAGUCGGGAAUUUGAGGACCAGUCUGCGAAAGACCAAGUAGACAAUAGUUUUCCGCUGGUUUUGUAAAUCAGAGAAGCUUCUGGAAGUCCAGUGUGCUUAAAUAUACCCUGGUCUACUAAGAAGACCGAGUAGACCGUAGUCUUCCGCUGGUUUUGUAAGUCGGAGAAGCUUCUGGGUUGUCCAGUCUGCUUAAAUAUACCUUGGUCUACUGAAAAGACCGAGUAGACCAUAGUUUUCGGAUGGUUUUUAAGUUGGAGAAGCUUCUGGGUUGUCCAGUCUGCUUAAAUAUACCUUGGUCUACUGAGAACACCGAGUAGACCAUAGUCUUUGGCUGGUUUUAAAGUCUGAAAAACUUCUGGGUGGUCCAGUCUGCUUAAUAGACCUUGGUCUCAUUAGACCAAGGUCUACUCAGUAGUAGACCACGCUUUUGGGCUACUCUUGUGAGUGGGGAAGCUUUUGGAUAGACCAGUCUGUUUAAUAUACAUGGGUUCUGCUGAGUAGACCGAGUAGACUUUGAGUAUUUUGGUCUUUGAUCGAACAUUACUUGUCAGUUUUGUGAAAAUUUUACGUCUGGCCCUUGGUCUACUAUGGUAUUUGGUCUACAAUGUUGGUCUUCUGAGUAGGUUGAGUAGACCACGGUAUUUUUGCAGCAGACUCGAAGUAUAUACCUAGUUAGAAGUCAAACUUAAAUCUAAAUUAAACUUACAGUCUUGGGUCUUCUACAGUCUUUUGGAAAGACUAAAAAAAGCCACGAGUUUGCUCAAAAAGACUGUGGUCUCUUGUAAAAUAUUUAGGAACUACAAUUUUGGUUCAGUCUUUUAAUUCCAUCCAAAAGACCGAUAAAAAACUACAAAGUACUGAAAGAACAUCGAAAUAGCUAGUUUUUAGUGUAAAUACAAAGAAAUUCUAUGCCAUAUUAUUAUAAAAUUAAGUUAUUAGUACAAAUAGCUAUAAAAAAGACAUUUAUCCCACCUUUUAUUAUAAUGCCAUUUAAUUUUAAGUUUUAACUGACUUGCAAUAUAUUCUAGGAAAAACGUAAAAAAAAACUCUUAGAAAUUAUUAUUUUAUGUUAGACACUUAUUUUAUGGGAAAAUUUUAACAAAAAAAAUCUUUUUUGAUAAGCAGAAAUUCUUUCGUCAAUGUUGGUAUGAUUGUUUUAGAAACAUUUAACAGUUGGUACUUCGUCAGUGCUAAAACUAAUGCUGCGUACACACGAUCAUAUUAUUUCCCGACUACGCCAGAAGGGUUAUGUUUUAUUAAUUGACUUAUCAGUUUUUCAUAAUUUUAGUAGAUUUUUCGCGUAUCGUGUGUAUGUAGCAUUUUACUUUGUAUAUAGAUAUUUUAUUUUAUUUCAAAGUGAUCGUGUAAUGUUCUUUUUUAUUUAAUUUAAAGUGGACUAAGAAAAUUUACUCUUGAAGACGUAAUUUUUGAGCGUUUUUAGUUCAAAUUGGCAUAAUUUCUUUGACUGCAAAGUCGUACGAGAAUUUAAACUCCAAAAGUAACAAAAUACGUCUCAAUUUCUUUUAAAUCUAACUACUUUUUUUACUAAUUUUAGUUGACGGUUCUAAAAUAGUUUCACUUUUUUUAAAUUAUCAUGAUUUUUUUAGUUUAACUUUAAAUACAUUAAAAAUUGACAUUAUAUCGAUCUAUCAAACAAUUUCAGCAUUAAUUUUGUUUAGGAAACAAUAAUCUAUGCCCAAAUGAAGUACAUUUGUUAGAUCCAUAAUGUUUUCUAAACGAAAUUAAUGGAAAACUUGCCUUAACACCAUCGAUAUUACUGCUAAAAUCCUUCUUAUUUUGUCUAUGGUCAUUUCUGAGAUAUUGCAGCCCACAGAGAGAGUUCCCCAAUGAAUUAAUGAAAUUGAAAAUCAAUUUGUCAAAAUUUUCAUACAAUCAAGUGAUAUACAGGGCGUGUUCAGUGAUAAGAGUCAUUUAUAAUACUCUAAGACGUGCGUAUGUGCGUUAUUUUUACCGAGUUUCGAUUAUGUCACAUUUGAUCGGUCGAAACGAUCACGAAAUCGAAUCUGUUUAAAAACCUACACUGACUAGGUGUGAAAUAUCGUUUCAUCCACUCGGCCGCGCGCAAUGUUUGGUCCCGGUCGCGCGGGGUGCGGGGAGUGUGGUCCGAGCAAGCCGUAAGGCAUUACUGUAGUGUGCGUGUGCACUCAUGGAGCAUUCGCGUGGACCGAUAACACGAGAACAUUCGCGGAAGAAUGGUGGGGCGCGUCUUCGUGGAUGAAACGAUCUAUAUUUGAUUUUAACAGCACCCUGUUUAAGUUUUAGCGGUAAUUUUGAGCUGUGAAGGCGACAUAAGCUUUAAAUAUAACAUAAGUGCCGUUUCAUACCCAAAUUAUGUAAAUAUAGCAUAAGGUAGCGUUUUAGACUCGUUUAUAAUCUGUACUAAAAUUUGCGUUGGUGCUUUGGAAAAUUUUAAAUCGGAUUUUUUAAUUUAGAUAUUUUACUAAUAAUUAUUUAACAACUUAUUAAAUUCCAGUCAUAAGGUGACUUAUUAUACAACUAGCGACCCGCCCAAAAAAACCUUCCUCUUGAAUCACU